UAACACAUCGCACCUGAUAAUGAGUGACCAUGAGAAGCGGUUCAGUGAAUUGUGACCUAUAUAAUACUAAUAAUAAGAUGUUAUCUACAGUGGAGUGUUGUGUGUAAAAUAGUGACACGUAAAAUAAUAGGGAAUUAGUCGAGUAUUUUCUAAUUUUGCGAUAAGCUAUUAGAUGUAAUAUAUAAGAUUUUGUAAUACAAAAUGGAUACCGCAGCAGACGAGGAUCCUCCCAAAAAUGGAGGUAGAAGUGAGGAGGUACCGAAUACUAGUGAUUUCGAACAAGGUUCUUCCAAAGAAACGGAUUCGAAGAUUGAGGAUUCUUAUGAGUUGGCGAGCGCUACCAACCCUAAUGUCGUUACUUGCAAUACUAAUAUGGAAAUCAAUUCAGAAGAAGAAAGACGAGAAAGUGAAAAACCAGUUGAAGCCGAGGUUCUUAAUAGAGAUAAUAAUAGUAUAGAAAUUUUAGUGGAAAAUGAAACAUUACAUAAACAAGAUAACGUAAGUGAUAGUGUAGUUAAAAGUGAAGAAAGCAUUGAGAAAGAAUCGGUGAAUGAAAAUAUUGGACUGAAAUCCACUAAUUUUGUGAGGCCCGAUUUAGGAAGGAUGAGGAAGCUAUCACUAGAUCAAUCUAUUCUAUCCCGAAGCGAAGGUUUGUCCCAAUCGGAAUUAAACUUGAGCUACAUAGGGAAGAAGCCGCUCGAGAGAAAACCGUCGUUCUUUAGAAAGAAGAUGGAUACGUUUUUAAGGAAUACUACUGAAAUGUUCAAGAAACGUACCAGCCAACUACAGAGUUCUCCCAAAACGGGGUCCCUACAAUGUCUCAAUGAAAAUCAACUUAAGAGUGCAAAUAGUGACGAAAACUUUCGAGCAGAGUCGCUAAGCCGCGAGGAUAGAAACAGGUACAGUUUGGCGGUAAAGGCACCAAUAGCGCGUAGUGUGUCCAGUCUGUCAGUCUGUCAAAGUGGCAGAUACUCGAGGAGAAAUGAACAGAAUCUAUCAGGAGGGGGCAGCCAACCUGUCCUCAACGCACUCGGUGCUUCCACUGAGGAACUCGAGGAUAAUGACUUGAGCAGCGUACAUAGUUUAAACGAAUCGUUCCUGAGAGAGCACAUGCUGAAGUCUCGGGCGAUAUCCAUGAACUCGGGGCUGGACUCGCCGACCGCGCAGCAAAGGAAGAGGGCUUCUCGAUCUAACAGAGUAACGUGGGUCGCGAGCGAAGGGCUAACAAACUACUUUCGUCGUUUGCAAGAUCUGUCGGAGAAGAAAGAGGAGAUGCAGAGCUGUCAAUCCUAUCAGGACUUCUCGAGGGUUCCAGAAAACGACUCCUACAAGAAGAAGGUGGACUCCAAAGGCCGAAGGCUCUCGUACCAACGAGCGGUGUCAGGGGAAGAUCCAGUCUUGCCCUCGCGGUUUCAGGAAUCCAUGAGAACUAGGAACCCCAUACCCGAAAAUAAUGAGGCGCACUAUGAGCUGGCGAACCAGCUGGCGGACUUCAGCGCAAAUGGGAUCCCACAGCUGCAGGGUUAUGCGAUGUCGCCGGCGUCGGAUGAAGUCUUCGCCUAUCUUAUGUGGGCCGAGACGCCCACCUACAUCGACGACAUAUUUGACUGGAACGGUCUAACACCCGAAGAGGAGGCGCAGCAGUCUGUGAUUAAAGAGCUGAUCAACACAGAGGCGGACUACAUCAGACAUCUUAUGUCAGUUGUUGAGGUAUUCAUCGCGGCGGCGCAUUCUCUUCAAGACAGCGGCAAAAUGUUGAACGUGGAAACAGAGCGACUCUUUUCAAACAUGCCUGAUGUGCUCAAUGCGAGUUUGACCUUCUGGCAGACGGCUUUUCUGCCGAUGAUCAAGGAUUCCGUGGCACAGGCUAAGCCGUUCAACACAGAGCUGAUGGCCCCCGGGUUCUGCAGGUUCCGGGAGAUCCUGUCGCCGUACGACCGGUAUGUCAAAGACCAGAGCAAGACCGUGGAGUACCUGCGCAGCAUCAGCACCGACCCGGAGUUCACCAUGUAUCUGAACUGGUGUCACUCGCACAAGCUCUGCAACCGGCUUCAACUAGCAGACUUCUUGGUGAAGCCCAUGCAACGCCUAACUAAAUACAGCCUGAUACUGCGGAGAAUCAUCACACACACUGACACAGAGCCAGAACGUACCUCGCUAUUGGCUAUGGAAACAUUUACGAAGAACUACGUACUGGAUUUGAACCGUUCGGUGCGUCAACGCGAGGAGCUCGAGAAAUUGGAGGAAGUUGCAAAUUCGAUUGAAAGUUACGAAGUAGAUUUCAAGGACGAGGACUUGGAUAGAUACUUUCGCAUGUUCUCGCAACUGAAUCUAAGAUCCCCCAUGGUUGGCUGCGUGGGAUCCCAAAGUCGAUGUGUCGUGUUUCAGGGGGACAUGAGAUUUAAGGACAACGUUAAAGAGCUAAAUAUAUUAAUAUCGGAUCACUAUUUAAACACACUAUAG